CUUAACAACAUCCACAUUAGAGAAUCUCUCAAAGCUCUAGCUAUUAUACUGUAGGCAGCUUCACCAUCUCUUCCAUUGCUAGAAUGGCUUCUUCACGUGGCUUGAUGGCUCUCCCUUGCAUGGCUCUUGCACUCAUGCUAUGUGUGCAGGGCGCCCUUGGUAAGGUCACGUGCGAGGACCUGGACAAGAGCACGUGCGCGUUCGCUGUGUCAUCAUCCGGCACGCGCUGCGUGCUUGAGAAGCAUGUGAGGAAAGGAUGGGAGAAGUACACGUGUGGCUCAUCGGAGAUCGAGGCGGAGAAAUUAACGGACUGGAUUGAAACAGAUCGGUGCAUCGAGGCGUGUGGGCUUGAUAGAAACACGCUCGGGAUAUCAACCGAUUCUCUCUUGGAAUCCCAUUUCACACAGAAGCUUUGCUCUCCGCCCUGUUAUCAGAACUGUCCCAACAUCGUUGACCUCUACUUCAACCUCGCUGCUGGUGAAGGUGUAUUUCUUCCCAAACUAUGUGAAUCACAGGGCACAAAUGCUCGUAGACAAAUGGCUGAGAUCAAAAGCUCUGGCAUCGUAGCGCCGGGACCCGAAUCAGCGGGGAAGGGCAUCGCAGUGGCCCCCGCAAUGUCGCCGCUCUGAUCUGUACCAUCAUUUCUUACAUUUCAUGUGAAACGUGUGAGGAAGAUCUUGUAGGGCAUUUUAGAUUAGUGUAAGAUUACGAUUACUGUCUAAUUGAGCUAUGGUCCACCAUGAUCAAAUGUGUACACGUGUGCAUUCACGUGCAACUCGCAUGUGAGUGGUUUUUUUUUAUUUUUUAUUUUUCUUUAUAUAUUUCAUGUGAUUUAUUAAAAUUCAAAUGUUGGGAAGUUCUGAUAUGUCUACUUGGGUUGAAAAUGGCACGUGUGUUGUGCACGUGGGAAUAUAAGUGCUUGUUUUAUUUCAUCAUAUUCAUAUACAAGAAAUAAAAGAAAUUAUGUUUUUUAAA